AUGCCACCAUCAUUACGCAAGGCAUGUCACGCCUGUACGGCCGCCAAACGACGAUGUCGUCCUCAACUGCCCCAAUGCACACGGUGCUCCGAAAAAGGCCUGAGCUGCACUUACGAUCUCGAGCCAGUGUCGAAUUCGCAGACGGUGGCCCCUAGCUGCCUGCCUGCAAAUCAAGAAAAUCUUCGACAACUUCUCUCCACCUGCAUAUUUGACUCGAUGCCUUCCGCUCAUAUGUUUGCAAUUCAAUUGUAUACCCCGCAAGGCUUCGACGUACGGCACGGACUGCCACGGGUAUCUAAUUUUGAAACAUUUACUUUGGCUUCCGAGCACUUAAACAACAUACCGCUUCUGACAUUCCAGCACAAGUCGACCCCUUUUGUUCACGCUCAAGUAUUGUCGGCUGCUAAGGGUUACUCAGCGGUUCCUCUUUUAAAAACAGGGGAUAAUUCUUCUCCGGAUAUGGCCACCAUAUUCCGGCUCCUAGAGACAGAGCGACAGCGAUUGCUCUCCUUAAAAAUCCAAGAACUAUCAUUCGUUGAGUUCUUGGCUGCCUUUCACGAAUUAGCUGCCAUUUUGGUGGCGUCCUUUCUAGAAAGAAACCGAAAAGCCGUCAUGUCUUCAGACUUCGAGGAUUUGGUCGAUCUUUUCACGGACUGGACCAAACACUUCCAUUCAAUUCUGCCCGAAACUCUCAGUAGCGAACUUUCUGCAUGGCAAGCAUGGGUCAUCGCCGAAACCGCCCGCAGAACAUUUUUCUGCACAAUCACCGUCGGGUGCCUCUUGGAUAUUCUCCAACACGGAUUCUGCUACUAUCGUCCGGGGGUCGAAUCCCUGCCAUUUGACCCGAGAACGGGCUUAUGGGAAGCUAACACCGAAGGCGAUUGGGAGGCUACUGUCGCUACCCACGGCAGCAAGGAGUCUAAUUUGAUGUCCUGGUGCGAGUUUAUCGAGAGUGGAGGACCUGAGCCACGUAGACAGCACGAUGGAGCCCUUCAGCGUCUACUUCUCGUGGGUCAUUUCGGCAAGGCUGCCGCAGACGCCCAAUCAAAGGCGUGA